AUGGCUCUUCGUGCAACUGGAGAUGUCAACUCCAUUGAGGCACCAAUUACCUGGAAGGCCUAUGCGCUUUGCGCUUUUGCCUCGCUCGGAGGUAUCUACUUUGGAUAUGACUCUGGAUAUAUCAAUGGUGUCAACGGGAUCGAAAUGUGGGUUGACAUCAUUGAACCCGGUCGUACCACGCUCACUGCGUCUCAUUCCUCCCUCAUCGUUUCUAUUCUCUCCGCUGGUACCUUUUUCGGCGCUGUCCUGGCAGGCGAUGUAGCCGAGUGGUUUGGUCGCAAAUGGACCGUCAUCUGCGGCUGUGUGAUUUACGCUGUUGGCAUUGUCAUUCAAAUGCUCACUGGCAUUGGAGGUAACGCUCUUGGUAUCAUUGCUGCUGGUCGUCUAAUUGCUGGUAUUGGUGUCGGUUUCGAAUCGGCCAUCGUCAUUCUAUAUAUAAGUGAAAUUUGCCCCAAGAGUGUUCGAGGUGCCAUUGUUGCCUGCUACCAGUUUUGUGUCACCAUCGGCCUCAUGCUGGCGUCUUGCUUGGUCUACGGGACUGAAAACCGCCCAGACACCGGUUCCUUCCGCAUCCCUAUUGCAAUCCAGUUUGUCUGGGCAAUCGUUCUGGGUGUUGGACUUCUAUUCCUCCCUGACUCGCCUCGCUAUUUUGUCAAGAAGGGCCGCAUCGAGGAAGCCAGGAAGGCCCUCUGCAUUGUCCGCGAUCAGCCUCCCGAUUCCGAAUACAUUGAGGCCGAACUCUCUGAGAUCAUCGCCAACGAAGAAUAUGAGCGCAGCGUUAUCCCCGAUGCCGGCUGGUUCGGAAGCUGGAAAAAUUGUUUCACUGGUAGCCUUUGGGUCCAGAAGUCUAACUUGCGUCGUACCAUCCUGGGUACCUCCCUCCAGAUGAUGCAACAAUGGACUGGUGUCAAUUUCAUCUUCUACUUCUCCACUACUUUCCUCCAGGCCACUGGUGCGAUCAGCAAUACAUUCUUGACGUCGAUGAUCUUCACCAUUGUCAACGUUUUCUCAACUCCUAUCUCCUUCUACACUGUCGAGAAGUUAGGUCGACGCCCUCUUCUGAUCUUCGGCGCGUUGGGUAUGCUCAUAUGUCAAUUCCUCGUCGCUAUCAUCGGCGUUACUAUUGGCUUUAACAAGACCCACCUCAGUGACAGUGGUAGUACUAUUGCCAAUAAUAUUUCGGCAGUCAACGCCCAAGUCGCACUUAUUGCCAUCUACAUCUUCUUCUUUGCCUCUACCUGGGGCCCCGGAGCCUGGAUUCUUAUUGGUGAAAUCUUCCCCAUUCCUAUCCGCUCCCGUGGUGUUGCUCUCUCCACUGCCUCCAACUGGUUGUGGAAUACCAUCAUUGCUGUCAUCACUCCUUACAUGGUAGGAGACAACCCUGGUGAGGCCAACAUGAGGUCCUCUGUCUUCUUCGUCUGGGGAAGCCUUUGCGCUGCUUGUUUCGUGUAUGCGUACUUCCUUGUCCCAGAGACCAAGGGUCUGUCUCUUGAGCAAGUUGAUAAAAUGAUGGAAGAAAGUACCCCUCGGACCUCUGCCAAGUGGCGCCCACACUCUACAUUUGCCCAGGAGAAAGAGAUGGUAAAACCUGAACAUCAUGAGGCUGAAAAUAUUGCCUAA